CUUCUGGCUCGAGCGCCUCCGCUGUGGCCAGCCAUGGCCGCCGCUGAGGAUUUGCUCCUCAACGUGUUUGAGGCCCAGGCCGCCGCCCCCCAGACGCUCCUCGGACCCCUCCCGGCUCCGGCUAAGCGGCAAGCAAAGGCGACCAAAAGAAAAUACCACGCAGCCACAGCCGGUGAGACUCCUCCGGUGAAACAGAGGCGUGAGGCACCAUUGUUCGCAGCCAAGAAAACUAGUGUCCCAGAAACUCAAAGGACUCUUCAGGGGAAGGUACAGAAAACAGCUUCUCCAAAGAAGUACUCGGCUGGCAUCGGGAGUGGGAACCAGGAGGAGAAACCGUGUGUUAAGACUUCAUCGCUGUUUAAGAACAAUCCUGAGAUUCCAGAACUCCACAGACCUGCAGUAAAGCAGGCACGAGAGAAGGUGUUUACUUCCGAUGCUUUUCAUGAACUGGACCUCCAUCCACAUCUAAUUUCUACAAUAAACACAGUUUUGAAAAUGUCUAGCAUGACCAGUGUGCAGAAGCAGAGUAUCCCUGCAUUGCUGGAAGGCAGAGACGCCCUUGUGAGAUCUCAGACAGGUUCAGGUAAAACCCUUGCCUACUGCAUUCCUGUCGUCCAGUCCCUUCAAGCAAUGGAAACAAAAAUACAGCGCAGUGACGGCCCCUAUGCUCUGGUCCUCGUGCCAACGAGAGAGCUGGCCCUGCAAAGCUUUGACACUGUCCAAAAAUUGCUUAAGCCAUUUACAUGGAUUGUGCCUGGAGUGCUAAUGGGCGGAGAGAAGAGAAAGUCCGAAAAGGCGAGACUCCGCAAAGGAAUAAAUAUCCUUAUCUCCACUCCUGGGCGUCUGGUGGAUCAUAUAAAAUCCACAAAGAACAUUCAUUUUAGUCGGAUCCAGUGGCUGAUUCUGGACGAAGCAGACAGAAUCCUGGAUUUGGGUUUUGAGAAGGACAUCACAGUAAUCCUCAACGCUGUGAAUGCAGAAUGCCAGAGACGCCAGAAUGUCUUGCUGUCAGCAACACUCUCAGAAGGGGUAACACGGCUAGCUGAUAUCAGUUUGCACAAUCCCGUCAGUAUUUCUGUCCUGGAUGAAAGCCGCGACCAGUCUAACCCAAAGGACAAAGCAGCUCAGGAAGUGUCUCGUCCACAAACUUGUGACAAGCCAGAGAGUGAGAGCUUUGCCAUCCCCGUGAGUCUCCAUCAGCAUGUGACACUGGUUCCCAGCAAACUGAGGCUUGUCUGCCUGGCAGCCUUCAUCCUUCAGAAAUGCAAGUUUGAAAGCGGCCAAAAGCUGAUCGUCUUUUUCUCGAGCUGUGAACUGGUGGAGUUCCACCACCACCUCUUCCUCCAGACCCUGCUGAGCCGCUCGGGGCCCCUGGCGUCGGGGCAGUUACCAUCGGCCUCCUUGGGAUUAACAUUCCUGCGGCUGCACGGCCACAUGGAACAGGAGGAGAGAACAGCGGUGUUUCAGGAAUUCUCCCAUUCCCAAACCGGCAUCCUUCUUUGCACGGAUGUUGCAGCUCGUGGCUUAGAUCUCCCUCAAGUCACAUGGAUUGUUCAGUACAAUGCGCCGUCCUCACCUGCAGAGUACAUCCACCGCAUCGGAAGAACCGCCCGGAUUGGCUGUCCGGGGAGCAGCCUGCUGGUUCUGGCUCCUUCGGAGGCAGAAUAUGUCGACUCGUUGGCUUCUCACAAAAUCAAUGUUUCUGAGAUGAAGCUGGGAGAUAUUUUGUCCGUCUUGCUGAGGGAUGAUUGUUUUCAUGGAAAGCGAUGGAACCAGAAAUCCCGUGCCGGUGGCCCCCAGGAAAUCCGCGAGCGAGCCACAGUCUUGCAGACGGUGUUUGAAGAUUACGUGCACUCCAGUGAAAGCAGGGUCUCCUGGGCCAAAAAAGCUCUGCAGUCCUUCAUCCGAGCCUACGCAACCUACCCCAGGGAGCUGAAACACAUCUUCCAUGUCCGGUGCCUGCACCUCGGCCAUGUGGCAAAGAGCUUUGGGCUAAGAGAUGCCCCCACAAAUCUUAGUGUGUCAACUCUAACGAAGAAGAAAGCAACGCUGCUGAGAAGGCCUGCCCUGCGUAGGAAGACCCAGAGGAGGCACCGUGGCCUUGCUGAAACCCUGCUCUCAGAAUACUCAAGUGGACUGGACGCCGGCGGUGCCAAGGCCAAAAAGCCAAGCUAACGGGGACAAGCCGGAACCAGCCACGACAGAGCUGACCUGCAAGGUGUGCCCAGGCUCUGGCGUAGGGAAGAAAAUAACACUUUUUUAUCCCCCAGAAGCCUGGGGAAAACUCAGAAGGAGCUCACGGAGGGGAAAGCAGGACUCACCAGAAAGUUGUUGCCACUCUGGGCCCCGCCCGGUGUGGCUCCUGGGUUAUUGUCCAAGGAGCCCUGGGACCAGACCACAACUGUGCCUUGCACUAAUCCCGAUGUCCCUCAGAGGAUCGAAGAACCAGAGCCCUCUCUGGGGCGAGGGCGAGUGUGGGGAGGUGUGCGCAGUGUGAGGUAGCCGGCUAACUUCCCUUGUCUUCUCCCUUAUCCCACGUGGAUGCCACCAGGUCUUGGUAGAAGCCAGGCACUCUGUGGGAUGCUGCCUGCCCCUAGCACAGCCUAAAGAAGCUUCCCUGCGAGCAUCAGUGCACCUGCACAUGGAUGGCAUGAACUUUAUCAAGUCAGGGUUUAAAACUCGGAAUUGAAUUUGUGUGAGGGAAGAAGAUAGGUUUUUCAACUAAUCGUUUUCUUUAUGUUUAAAUGCUGUGUUAAGAAAAGAGCCAAAAGAAUUUGUGAUGCAGGUCAAAGCUCCUCAAGUGUCUUCUGUCGCGUGAGCCCCCUCGCUGGAAACUCCCUUCCUAGCCAGGCUGUGCCUUCUCAGGCUCUCCCCCCUCUGGAAGCACACCCCCUAAGGGAUAAUUGACUGCUGUGGCCUUUUUAUUAUUUGCCUUUGAAGUCAGAAGGCACUAGUGCCCCGAGUUAAUUUUCACAGCCUCCCAACACCCACCUUCCUCCCCCCACCCCCACUCCCCACCAAAUCCCAUCUUCUAGAAAGAGCUGAGGUCUUUGUACUGUGACCUGGGUCAGGACUCCCCUCCUCCCCAUUGUGUUUCCUGGGAGGUUUGCAAGAAGACCCCUGGGUGUAUCGAUUUCCCAAUAAAUGUAAGAUUUGGACACGGACAA